UAAACGUCUGUUUGGAGAUGAGCGGUCCUCUCUCGCUUCCUCCAAACCACCCGUCUGGCGCACGCCCAUUUGCAGGGAUCUGGUUCUCUUUCGUUUUCAUUUCCCGGAAGGGACGAAUGUGAAAAUAGGAGUUUUAUUUCUUCGAGAGUUAUUUUCAUUCGUUGUCUGCACUGGAGUUCUGAGAGGAUUGACCAGGAGUUAGAGUUCGUGUUUGGAAGAGUUUUGUGUCUGACUACAAGGAAAUAAUCCUCUUUCUUUCAAAGGUUUUUUUUUUUCAAAUGGAGAACGUUUCCCUGUCACCUUUGGACAAGCAAGAAAACAAAGCCAACACUCUGUCAUCCACAAUGAAUGGAGAGCAAGCCAACAAGUCUCCCAGUGUGCUUCACUCCCCCGCGCACCAUCCUCAGGGGGACCUGUGGCAUCUACCUGGACGUCUACGAAUAAACCCGUCUCUGUGGGAUAAAGAGGAUGUCGCCCACUGGCUCCACUGGGCUCAGAGGGAGUACUCCCUGCGACGGUCAGAGAAGGGACGAUUCGAGAUGAACGGUCGAGCCCUGUGCCUGCUCACCAAGGAGGACUUCAGACGCCGCUGCCCCAGCUCAGGUGAUGUUCUGUAUGAGAUCCUACAGUGUGUGAAACAACAGAGGAGGGUCACUGUCUGCGAUCCGCAAAACACGCCUCCCUCCCUGCCCCCGGAAAACUUACACAGCCAGGGCCCAGUCCGCUGCCAGGUCCCGGCAGUCAGAGUCCAAGGGCCUCAACCUCCAAGAGUCAAUGACACCCAAGCUUCCCCUGCUUUCACCAGCGCAGCGUCGGCAGCGGUGGUGACCGCUGUGAGCCAAUCAGAGACCGCGUCACCUCUCAGAGAUCGUCAGUCGAUCUUUCACAAUCACCCUGCUCCGCUCACACAUAUAACUGUCCCCACAUCUCCCCACAGCAAAGCUCAGUGUCCUCCUCCGAAAAAGAGCAUCAGCCAGGAGCCUCUCAACCUGUCCAGCCGAGAGAGGAGCCCACUGCAAAAAGUCAACGGCCGCAUCCCAGAGUGCAGGCUGCUAUGGGACUAUGUGUAUCAGCUCCUGUGUGACGAGCGUUACCAACCAUACAUUCGAUGGGAAGACAGGGAUAGCCUGGUGUUCAGGGUGGUCGACCCAAACGGACUGGCCUGUCUCUGGGGAAACCACAAGAACCGAGACAACAUGACCUACGAGAAAAUGUCCCGAGCUCUGCGGCACUACUACAAGCUCAACAUCAUCAAAAAGGAGCGAGGUCAAAAACUCCUCUUCAGGUUCCUGAAACUCCCACACGACAUCAGGAAACAGCAGGCCGACCCCGCUGAGUCCCCAGAACCCAGUCCACCUCUGUACGGGAACUUUCCAGACUGCAGUCCCACGCACGAGAUCUCCGAAGACCAUUUUGAGAUUUCCCCUGAUAGUAGGUCUCCAACGCCUCCUCUAACUGGUUCCCCUGUAAGAUAGAGAAAACUGUGGUGUAUUUAUCUUCUGGUUUCCGCUUAACCCAGGUGCUAAAGUUUUAACAAAAUGCAUUGUUAGUUGUAUUGUCAGAAAUUGUUGCACUGUGAGAUUGCUUUUUAUUUUUCAGUUUUUUUGUCUGUGAUCAGAACAAACACUAAGGGAUAAGGAAAACUGUGAGAGAAGUCAAACCAAUAGUCCCCAGGAUUAAAAUUUCUCAGGCGCACUUAAAAUAACAGCAUUACAGUUAAUACACCGAUUUGCAUGCACCAAAUCCUGCAAGUCUUGUAGGUAAGUGGUUUAAAUGGAUGGUGGUGGUGUUCUACAUUGCAUUUCUCAGAUUGGACGAAGAAGAAGAGAUUAUUCAUGUUCACAGAAAAAAAGUGGUUUAGUUCAAAAGCCAGGUUUACCAUGAAAACAAUUAUUUUUCUAUAGUUUGUGAUGAAUAAAUUUGAAGAUGAGGUAUUUGUUUGUGCUGUGUGUUGUAUUUCAUUCAAAUGGAGUGUGGAUGAUAGAACAUUCUGUCUAACUAUUUUAUGUAGCAUUUUUCUAAUUAAUAAUAGCAUGUAAAAUAUGUCAUUCAUUUGAUGUUGUGAUGCACUUUAAUGGUGCAGAAAGGUCUUGGAUUGGAUCUUAGAGCACAGUGAAGCACACAGACAAUCGAGACAGAUCAAAACAAUGUGGUCAAUUUCAUUUUGCCUAGCUGUAUCACUUAAAGAGCAAACACAGCCUUGUGUAAUAUAGGAAACCUGUGAGCUAAACACACUCAGUCACAGUAGCCUACUACUCCCCAAGACAAAGAUGGCCUCUCUACCUGCAGGGGGUGCUGUGGUAGCAUAGGAAACAGCAGCUGAGAUGAUGAGAGUACUUCAUCCCCAAGAUAAUUAUUUGAUUGUAUGAAACCAAUGACUACUUUCAUGUUUGUAUCCUUGAUAAAGUAAUUGACAAAUAAAUGUAAAAAACUGUAAUAAACGUAUUAAUAACUGUUGUAAA